AUGGCACCUCCUCAUCCAUUUGACCCCCUCACUCCAGCGGAGAUUGCCAAGGCUGCGGCAAUUGUACGCAAGGAGCUCCAUGGGAAAGAUCCUAAUUUUCGCGUGAUCACUCUCCUGGAGCCACCCAAGCAGGAGAUGAUCUCGUUCCUAGAAGGAGAACUUCGCGGACAAACCCACCCACGACCAGUUCGCGCUGCACGCGUUCAAGUUACCAUUCGCGGUGAUGCAAAGCCAAACGAGAUGGUAGAGCUCAUUGUUGAUCUGAACUCUGGUUCUGUCAUCAAGAAAGAGCACCUUGUAGGGAAGCACCCAUAUAUCGACUCUGCUUACAUGCAAGCAGCCGAGAAAGCAUGUCGGGCAGAUCCGAGAAUCGAAGCGGAGAUCCAGAAGCUCAAGCUUCCUGCUGGUUCCCAAGUUGUAGUUGAACCAUGGGCCUAUGCGACUGAUGGAAUGAAUGAUGUGUCUGAACGUACUACGAUGUGCUGGUUCUAUCUGCGUCUUCUCGACCACCCGGAUGCAAAUUACUACGCAUACCCGCUUGAUCUCUGUGCAGAGGUUUCUGAGCAAUUGAAAGUCACCAAGAUCUAUCAUCUGCCCUCGUCUGAGGAUGAGCGUCUUCGGGAAGAUGCGCGGCCGUAUGAUCACAACAAGGCCCACUCGCCUGAGCUCAGCGAGUAUCACCCUGAUUUGCGACCUCCGCCCCGCACUACCACGAAGCCUUAUCAAGUGGUUCAGCCGGAAGGACCUUCAUUCACAGUGGAUGGCAACUUGCUUAGCUGGGAGAAGUGGACCAUGCGUGUGGGGUUCAACUACCGCGAAGGCCUCACCUUGCAUAACAUCAGGUAUGAGGGUCGAAGUCUCUUCUAUCGUUUGUCGCUGUCGGAGAUGUUCGUCCCUUACGGCGAUCCUCGAACGCCGUACCCUCGCAAGGGAGCCUUUGAUCUUGGGAACGACGGUGCUGGUCUCAACGCCAAUAACCUUCGCCUUGGCUGUGACUGCCUAGGCUCGAUCAAGUAUUUCGACGGCUGGCAUAACACCGCCUCUGGUGAGCCACUUAAGCUGCCUAAUGCGGUGUGCUGCCAUGAGCAAGAUGAUGGAAUCCUUUGGAAGCAUACCAACCACCGCACGCAGAAUGCUGUCGUGACUCGCUCGCGUAUCCUGGUGCUGCAGACUAUCAUCACGGUCAGCAACUACGAGUACAUUUUCGCCUUCCAUUUUGGUCAAGAUGCAUCCAUCCAUUAUGAAGUGCGUGCUACUGGAAUUCUGUCAACCUGCCCCAUCAACAACGGUGACAAAGUAGGCUAUGGCACUGUCGUUGCGCCAGGAGUACUCGCACCUUACCACCAGCAUCUCUUCUCUCUUCGCAUCGAUCCAGCAAUCGACGGAUAUGCAAACUCGCUGCAAGUCGAAGAGUCGCACGCUAUGCCCAUCAACGAUCCAAAUGUGCAUAACCCGCUCGGCGUGGGCUACACGACAAAGUCCCAGAUUAUCACUCAAGAAGGCGGACAUGACCUCGACUUCGCGAGCAACCGCAGCUUUAAAAUCAUAAAUGAAAAGAAGAUCAAUCCGAUUACCGGCACUCCCGUGGGAUUCAAGUUGCUGCCCUGUUAUAGCCAGAUGCUCCUAGCGCAUCCACAAUCCUACCACGCGCGACGCUCCGAGUUCGGCAGCCAUGCAGUCUGGGUGACACGUUAUCAAGACGAUGAGUUGUUCCCAUCAGGCCGACACACGAUGCAGUCUCUUGGAGGUGAGGGAAUCAGCUCGGUGAUUGCGCAGCGCAAGAAUGAUUCCGUUGCGUCGAAUGUGCGGAACGAAGAUAUUGUGAUCUGGCACACGUUUGGGUCGACUCAUAACCCACGCAUCGAAGAUUGGCCAGUCAUGCCUUCGGAGAAGAUGUUGGUGGGGUUGAAACCGGUCAAUUUCUUCACGGGCAAUCCUGGUCUGGAUGUUGCGGUCUCGACGCAGGAGAAGAAUAAGAGUGUUUUGGUUGAUGAUGGAUGCAAGGCUGGAGUUUGUCCGCGCUUAUAG